AUCGUCAAUACCACUUUACUUCAAAUCUACUUCUCCACAUGUAGACAUCAAAAUGCACCCCACCAGUCUUCCCUUUACCCUUGUAGCCCCUGCAAUAAUGGCUCGAGAAAGGCUCUCACAAAGCCAGUAUAGAUGGCCCAGGCUCGUGCAGUAAUAGGAGUAGAGCAACAAGCUGCUCAUUUGGGUACUACCGUUGUGGCUGGCGAUUUCACCGAUGGUGCAGAUGACGAUGAUGCUAUUGCUUAUGCCUGGUUCAACGAAGACGGCACCGAGAAAGAGGUCGAAGCGAAAUGAAGCGUUUGAAGGAUAUAUGGAGUUGUAACCAAUUCUACAUAUUUGUACCGAUUCGUGCAAGUGGCUCAGGUGGCUCAGGUGGCUAGGUAAGCAUGCAUACCUUCCCCGCAGACUGCGGUCUGUGUUGACCUGAAAUGACCUGAAAUUCCAUGGUAAAAAGACAUGCGCAAAAUCUCUAAAGCGCUAUGAAUUUGCAAGUUGUAAACGGAAAAGACUUGGC